UUGUGUUGUGUUACAACUGUUUUAGGUUGUACAGAUGAGGGAUUUGAAAUAAAGACAGUAAACGCUGGAGAAGAUGUGACCCUACCCUGUUACAACAAAAGCCUGAACUUUGCAAUCUUUUUCUGGAUCAAACUUGUUCCUGGAAAAAUGCCUGAAAUCCUAGGAAAAGGAUUCAGCAAUGGUGCUGGAGAGAAGAAGAUCGGUCAUUUUACAACCAAAGAAGAAGAAGGAAAAUUUAUUCUUCAUACUGCAAAAGCUAAGCCAAGUGACUCUGCCUUCUAUUACUGUUUAUCAUUGGAUGGUACAGACAUCACCUUCAUUAGGGCAGUAUUUCUAGAAAUUAAAGGACCGCACUCUGAUUUUCCUGCAGUGGUUCAAAGUUCUGUUGAUCCGGUUUCUGCAGGAGACGUUGUGGCUCUGCAGUGUUCAGUUCUCUCUGAGUUUAAAAAUGAUGCAUGUCCAGAGGAACAGAGAGUGUUCUGGUUCAGAAAGACUGAAGGGGAAUCUCAUCCCACUUAUAUUUACGCCAGAAGAAGCAGUGAUGGUGACUGUGACGGGGGUACAGAGACUCAGCCUCUGCAGAGUUGUGUCUACAGCUUCUUGAAGAAGGUCAGCUCCUCUGAUGCUGGACUUUACUACUGUGCUGUGGCUGCAUGUGGAAAAGUGGUUUUUGGAAAUGGAACAAAACUGGAUGUUCAAGGAGAUGGAACUCAUGAUUACAUGUGCAACAACAUAUUUUUCUUUCUGUUUUUUGGAACCUUGGUUUUCAGUCUCAUGAUGGUAACAUUUCUAUUUUGUGUUGUAUCAAAGAAAUCCUGUGCUGUCUGCAAAGGUAAGAGGAUAUACAGAUUUUCUUUCAUUAAAACAUCUACAUUUUUGCCUAUCUUGUCCAUUUAAGAAGUACAUUUUAAAAUUUUUAUGCUCUUUUACUAAACCAGCGCAUUUGGUCUGUAAAACAAAGCCGGAAACAAUCAUUGAUGAUUGGCAAUACCAGAAGGUAAAGAAUUUACAUUUGGCUGCCAAUAAAUACCAGUAAACUGAUUUGUGCAUAACCAAAAAAAUCAUUUGGAUUAUCUUUUACAGAGAAAAAAACAGGAUGCCAUUUUCACCACAGCAAUCUUUACUAAGAAGAAAACUGACAAGACAAAGAGAAGAUAAGCAGCAGCAAAGGAUGGCUAUAGACGGCUACAGUGAAUGGAUGUGACAAUGAUCUAUAUACAGUAUUAGUGGAAAAAUCUAGAAUCCUUUUUGAAAAGGCUUAGCAUUUUACAUUUGUCGAAAACCGUAAACAAAAACAUUUUAUUCUGUGUUGUUUAUCUGACUCCAUUAAAAUCUGACGUUUGAAAACUGUCAAGCUUAAUGCUCAAAUUGUUGGUGAACCCAUAUAGCAAAAUCUUUGUAAUAAAGUACUUUUGUCUGUAUGAGUUUGUAGUCUUUAAAAUAAAAAGCUUUAAUUGUUAAAUUUCUGAAUUUUGUUGCUAUAGCAGGUACUGUUAGUUCAAAUUUAGGGGGAUUGGCUGAUGAUUUGUCCGUUUUAUGAAGCUGAAAAAUCCAAAAGCUUUUGUCUUAAACUGAAUUGCUCUGUCACCCUUAAUACUGGAAAAAAAAAACACACAUCUGUCAUAUUUAAAAAUGUUAAGUGUGAUU